UACCUCCAGCUCCAGGAACGGACUGACUUCUGGAUCCACAAACCCGCUGCCGAACCCGCUCUGCCUCCCAGCGCCGCUCGGUCCACCGGAUCAACGCAGAGAGUUCAACUCCAGCCGGAAACGUUUCGGCUUCAAGUUGAUUUCUGAUUUAUUUUUUUUUCCGUCUCAGCGGCAACACUGAUUUUUUUUUUUUUUCGCACUCGCGCGACUAAUUUGGAGGCGAUUAAAGCAGCCAACCCGCAGACAUUUUGUUAUUUCCGUUCCGCUUUAUUUCUUCACUUUCUCUCUCUGUCUCCACGCCGCUGUGGUCGCAGGAAAACAGAGAGAGAGAAAAAAAAGCUGCGAAGGCGACAGAAGAAAGCGUUCGCUCCGCCGCCGCUCGCCGCGUCCCAGCGCCGCUCGGUCUCAUUAAUUUACAUGCGUCGGGCGCCGCGCCGCUGCCGCUGCCGCGUUCCAGGCGGAAAGCUCGCGACGGCGAUGAAUCAUUUUGACUGACAGCUUUUGAAGAAUUAGCUAGCUUAGCCGGAGACGAGCCGCGGCGCUGAUGGUGGUUUCCUGCCCGCGGACACAGUGAAUCCAGGGGGUCGGGACAGGCUCAGCCGAAUGAUAACGACUCCGUCCUCUCGCUAAACUACAUCACUUAAUUUCCGCUUAAUUUUUAAUUUGCGUUGGGGGGGAGCGGGGGGGUCCGCUAGCUACCGUUAGCUCGUCGCCCUGCUAGCGCUGGACAGCUCCUGUGAAGGCUGGGCUAGCGGUGGACAAAGGACCGACGCAGGGGGAACAUACCGACACCGGGCUCUCAGCUAACCGCGUUUGGAGAGGAAGGCAACAGACAAGGACUUGACAUGAUGUUUCCACAAUCCAGACACUCAGCCUCAUCGCAGCAGCUGAAAUUCACAACCUCUGACUCCUGCGACAGGAUCAAGGAUGAGUUCCAGUUUCUUCAAGCACAAUACCACAGUUUGAAGCUCGAGUGUGACAAGCUGGCCAGCGAGAAGUCGGAGAUGCAGCGCCAUUAUAUCAUGUACUAUGAGAUGUCCUACGGGCUCAAUAUUGAGAUGCACAAACAGGCGGAGAUAGUCAAGAGAUUGAACGGGAUCUGCGCACAAGUCCUCCCCUACCUGUCUCAGGAGCACCAGCAGCAGGUCCUGGCGGCCAUAGAGCGGGCCAAGCAGGUCACCCCCCCAGAGAUGAACUCCAUCAUAAGGGUACGAUGUUCCAGCCCCCAGCCCUACCCAGGGGGCCUCAUGAUGCAGCAGCUCCAGGCUCACCAGCUGUCCCAGCUCCAGGGCCUGGCCCUGCCGAUGACCCCCCUGCCGCUGGGCCUGAGCCAGCCGACCCUCCCCGCCGUCACCACCUCCUCCGGCCUCUUCUCCCUCUCCUCCCUGCUGGCCUCCCAGGCCCAGCUGGCCAAGGAGGAGAAAGCGUCUCGCGACGGCGUCGACAGCCACCGCGAGGAGGACGGAGACAAGUCCGACUAGAUGGCGUCCCCCCCGUUCAGCUCUGUUUUUAUCCAGAGACCCGAAUCACCAGAUCCGAGCCCCCUCUGGCCUACAGCCUCCCCCCGGUCUCCCUCUCUUUGACCUUACUUAACAUGGGCUUCAAUCCCAUUAGCACAGCUCCAGCUUCAGAACCAGUCCCAUUACUGGGAGAGCUUUGGCACCUGCCCCCCGACCUCCUCAUAUCUGCCACACUUCCUGUAUCUGCCUUUCUUUCUGUCACCGUCUCCCUCUGAUGGCUUCUCUUCAGAUGCUCCCUCUGGUCCUGUUUGUGAUGAAGCUGCAUUUCUCCAGCGUUUUUUAUUUUUUAAACCAGGAAUACUUUCUCUUUCUGUUCCUUCCUUCCUGUUGCUGUCUCUCACUUCUUAUUCCUGUUUUUUCCUCCUCCCUCCCUCUUGCCUCUGUUCUUUGCAGGUCCGUGUUAGGCAGGACCGAUCUGUGAGACGGAACCGCUCCGUAGGCGUUAAAACAGGCAAACUGUUCGGGAUUCGCUGGCAAGCGGUACAUCUUGUCAGACACAACACAGGAUUCCUACAAACUUCAUUUUGCUGAGAUGAAAGGUCUCGCAGGCGUUUCAGAUUGCAUGCAUUCGUCCCGAGCUAGAAGUGAGCGUUUGAAUCAGGCCCUCUGUAAAGUCAGAACUGUCCCCCGAACCUAAAACCUUCUGCGACCAGGAGACGUCUGUGGAUUUAGUUGUGAACCUAAAUGUAUAAGCAGGAAGUUAAAGCACCUUCUGAGAUCCAACUUCACGCUGACGGCUCAGUUUAAAACAAACCGAGUGUUCGUCCCCCGAUUUACGAUCCCCGCCUGACCCGGAUAAAUCCACCCGGCACCUUAACGAGAGGCCUCGUUAAACAGAGCCGAGGUAGCGCGACGAGAAAGAAAAAAGAAAAAAGAAAAAAGCAGCCGUGACGCCACUGCGCCCUCCCACCGCCUCCUUCAUCUUUAAUGUGCACUAACACUGACGCUGUGGGGAGACGGAGCGUGAUGUCGGCUGUUUGACAGCAGAGGGCAGCGUGUGUCUCUGAAGCAUCCUCGGUUCAGACUCCAGAACAAGGACAGAGUCCAGGCUGUGGCACCGCCGGGCUCAUUGAUCCACUCUGAGUGAACAGAACUUCAUAUACAGACGCUGGACCGGUGGCGUUAGUCUCUGCAUGCAGUCGGUCCCGGUCUCUGCUCCGAUCCAGUUCUCGGGCUCUGGUCUGUUCUGGUCUUUUAAAACGCUCUCUUUCACGGAACAAACAAAAACAGCAUCUCUGCAAAUUCCCAUUUAAAUUCUGUAGGUUCUGUUUCGCUGCACAUUCGGGUUCGUCGCAUAUUAAACACGAUUUAACGCCGACACGGGACACGUGAAGCACAAACGGAUCUCAUAGCUGCUAGAAUGUGUUCAAAUAAAGCAGAACAUCCUGAAAGGUCCUGCUCGCUCCACAGGCGUGGUCAGACCGGACCUCUGGUUGGCUGGUUUUAUGUGUCAUGGUCGACGGUGUUCUGGUGGGUGGAGCAGACAGAGACGUGAUCCGACUGGAGCUGAAGUAAUUCAACAUUGAUCUGUAAUUAUUGUGAUUGGUCGGUCAUUUUUCAAAAUGACAAAACUUUUGAUUGUUUCUUGGACUUGAUAGGAAAGCGUCCGAUGUUGUGUAGCUCCAGGAGGAGACCCGAUACGUCUGAAUGUUAAACUGAACAACGUUUGCAUUCCUGAAACUGGAACGAUGCAGCAAGAAAACCAGCAGAGAGUCAAAGUCUGUAGAAGAUCCGACUCUCCUGCUCUGCACAGAAUCUGGAAAAGUCUUACUGUUAGACACGACAGAUAAUUUGGCUUGUUUUAAAAGUAGUUUACUCAUUUUUUGAUUUUUUUACAGCAUAAUCUUAAAUUGAGCUGAUUUAAGUUUAAUGUACUUGCUGCAUGGACGGAUAAUUUAAGUCGUUUUCUCCUCAUAUCUUAUAUGUGAGCUGCUCUUUUCUGCAGACGAGCUCUGAUCAGGCAGCAUGAAGGAGCUUUAACCCGUCAGUCACAAUUAAAUCAUCUGCUUCCUACAGGUUGAACUUUUAGGACGUAGAAUCAGCGGCGAUCGAACUUCUGAUCGUGGACGUAUUAUUUGAUCAGCUUGACAACAGGCUGCGUUUAAAAUUCAGUUUGUCUUUCUUGGCCUUCUCGGUUUUCCAAGCGGAGCCACUUUCAUCUAAAUUAAUUUGGGAUAAAACGGCAUAAAGAUGAAGCACAUUUUCCCACAAACCCUCAGAUCCGUGUGCAGGUUCGAUAAACUCCACACGAGGAGCGAUGACCUGCUGUCGCCUCCCGUGUGUGCAGGUGAUGAACCAGGUGAUCUGUCGCUAAGCUAACGCGCUAACCUGCUUGUGAAUGAAGCUCACAGCACGUCGUCCUCCCAUCCACACACACACACACACACACACACACACACACACACACACAGCGUAUGCAUCCGGCUGCUGUCCUGAACGCGUAGACAAACCAACACAUCGAUGCAUGUCUGCUGGGGGGAGGGGAGCCGACAUCGAGACGAUUUUAUAACAAAAAGCAGAAUGUCUGAUCCAACCUUUGUGUGAUGGAUGCACUUCCUGUUUCCUUUCUCCUCCUCCCACCUCGUCCCCACUUUGCUUUGGUUUUGUUUUUUAGAUAUUAAUCGAUAGAAGGAGAAUUACCAGAGCUGACGUUAUAAACAUACAAAUGAGAUUCUAUGUAUUUGUUCCAGUAGUUGGAGGCCUGCCUCCCUAAACAGUUCUACAUAGAAAGCUUUAUGUGUAUAUGGCUGCAUCUUCUCUGUCUGUCCUCGAUGAUUCUUGUGCUGUUGUGUUACAAAACCGAUGUGACACCAGGGGGGUAAAUCUGCAGUACGUUGACCUUUUGUUGCCCCUUUUGACCCCCUUCUUCCUCCUUCUCUCCCCCCCUCCGCCCCCUGACCCCUUUAAAGCCCGCCUCCCCGCCGAUCCCGACUCUUUGCCCUCAUAGCGUGAAGCAUUGUAAGCGUUUUGAGCUUUGUAAAGGUCUUUUUUUAAAUACUUAUUUUGUGUAUAAUGUAAAACCUACAAAAAAAAAACAAAAAAA